GACUUCCGGAAUGCGGAGGCUGGAAUUUCAGGUUCUAGUGCUAGUGGGUUUCAGAGGGGAAGUGUGCGCUUAUUUCCGUGGAGGGUUUGUUUAAUUUUAAUUCUUGGAAAUUUAUUAAUGUGUCCUUACACGUCUUUGUAGGGAAGUAUGACCGAGAGCGCGGUGAACAAGGAGGCGAACGGGGACGUGUGUCAGCACCGGGCGGUGAACGGCGUGAAACCGGGAAGAAGUAGCGCAGUGAAGGAUCAGCAGCGGUGUCACCAGGAAAAGCUCCGGUCCUUCUACAAACAUGACGAGAAGCUUCACCACAGCGAGUGUAAUGGAGGCUUAUACAGCAAGCCCUUCAUCGAGUCGUUCGAAGAGACCCCGAUGCUGGUGGCCGUACUCACGUACAUGAGCUACGGCAUCCUCACCAUCUUCGGGUACCUGAGAGACUUCCUCCGCCAGUGGAGGAUCGAAAAAUGCCACAUCGCUAGAGAAAGAGAGGAACAAAAGGAUUUUGUCCCACUUUAUCAAGACUUUGAGAAUUUUUACAACCGAAACUUAUACAUGAGGAUCCGGGACAACUGGAACAGGCCCAUAUGUAGCGUGCCCGGGGACAAGAUGGACCUGGUGGAGCGAGUGUCCCACGACUACAACUGGACCUUCAGCUACACAGGCCGAGUGGUGAAAGACGUGAUCAACAUGGGCUCGUAUAAUUACCUGGGCUUCGCCGUGAACAAGGGCUCGUGCGCCGACGCGGCGGCGGACGUCACUCUGAAGCACGGCGUCGGCGUGAGCAGCACCAGGCAGGAGAUGGGUAACCUGGACAGACAUGAGGAUUUGGAGAAGCUGGUAGCGAGGUUCCUGGGCGUGGAGUCGGCCAUGGCGUUCGGGAUGGGUUUCGCAACCAAUUCCAUGAACAUUCCAGCUCUGGCUGGCAAGGGCUGUCUGAUUCUGAGCGACGAACUGAACCACGCCUCUCUAGUUUUGGGAGCGCGUUUAUCUGGUUCCACCAUCCGGGUUUUCAAGCACAACAACAUGCAGAGCCUGGAGAAGCUGCUCAGAGACGCUAUAGUGCACGGCCAGCCCAGAACCCACCGGCCCUGGAAGAAGAUCCUCAUACUGGUGGAGGGGAUUUAUAGCAUGGAGGGCUCCAUCGUGCGCCUGCCUGAAAUCAUCGCCCUGAAGAAGAGGUACAAAGCCUACCUGUACCUGGACGAGGCUCACAGCAUCGGCGCUCUGGGUUCCCGGGGUAGGGGCGUGGUCGACUACUUCAACCUCGACCCUACAGACGUGGACAUCAUGAUGGGAACGUUCACCAAGAGCUUCGGAGCCGCGGGGGGUUACAUCGGCGGGAGAAAGGAGUUGAUAGAUUACCUGCGCUCUCAAUCUCACAGUGCCGUGUACGCCACCUCCAUGUCGCUUCCUGUUGUGGAGCAAAUUAUCACUUCUAUGAAGUGCAUUAUGGGAGAGGACGGGACCACGAUAGGCAGGGAUCGCAUCCAGCAGCUGGCGGAAAAUACAAACUACUUCCGCAGGAGGCUGAGGGAGAUGGGCUUCAUCAUCUACGGCAACCAUGAUUCACCUGUAGUUCCCAUGAUGCUCUACCUGCCCGCCAAAAUCGGGGCGUUUGGUCGGGAGAUGCUGAAGAGGAACAUAGGUGUGGUUGUCGUGGGCUUCCCUGCCACGCCCAUCAUCGAGUCCAGAGCUCGUUUCUGCGUGUCUGCGGCUCACACCAAAGAAACGCUGGACGCGGCCCUGAACGCGAUCAACGAGGUGGGAGACCUGCUGCAGUUGAAAUCCUCGCGCCACAGAAUCCUCCCGUCUCUCGAUCGGCCCUACGACGAGACCACGUACGAGGAGUGUGAAGACUGAACGCCUUCCGUCCCCGGUGGAAACGUGCACUGCUCUCUGUCCUUCCACAAGAUCCACUGAACCACUCAAUACACUUAAUUUUUUUUUUUUUUUCUCUCAUCGUGUUUUUGUGAAGCACAUGGCACUCAUAGUACUCUUUCUUUCUUUCUUUCUUUCUUUCUUUCUUGCCUUCUCUGUCAGUUCUCAUUGCUCAUAUUUGUCAUUCAGGAUCUGUCCUUAACUCACUGUCAUUUAUUUUGAGGGGGGGAAAAAAAAAAAAAAAACAAGCUUCAAAUCCUCGCUGCCAACCACAUGAUGCUUUGGACCGCUUUAUUGUGCUCGCUAAAGCCAUAUGUAACUGUAACCCUCAAGCCGCUUUCUUUCACGUGCACAAAGCAUCUUUUUGAAUAAGUAGGACCAGACUGGCGGCGGGAACAAAUGAUCAGUCCCAGAGACGCUGGCUUGUUAAAGCAGCUCUUUCCCUUUCUUUUUUUUUUUUUUUUUCUCCCCUCUGUAGCUUUGUUAGCAAAAAAUCUCAGCUUUUUUUUUUUUUUUUACAAACAUAUUUACGUUUCGAUUCGCAGUGCCUGGCGUCUGGUGUCUGUCUUUCUUCGAACACUUAGAAAGUUUAUUUCUUUUUCUUUUUAUUCUCCCUCCUAAGACAUCAAUCACAACGUCGGUGUCGAGGGGAAAAAAAAAAAAAAAAAAAAAAUUCCACGCUCGGCUCGUGCACAUCUAUCAAAUCUAUCGGCGUUCAAACAUCGAUCAAGUUGCACUUUAGGGAAAACGUUUCCAGAGACACGUCCGUCAGUGUAAGAUUUUACUCCCAAAGAAAGUCUCGUUAGCAAGCUCUUAGGUUCAAGUGGAACGUCGUAAUAUCACGAAUGACUAAAAAAAAAAACGUAGGGUUUAUAGGAAUGUCUUAAGUUGUCGUCUUUUUUAUUUUUUUAUUAUUAUUAUUAUUAUUAUCAUUUAUUCAUCCGUGUCACCAGUCUUAACACCUGCUUCAUGUCUUUUUCCCAGAUCCUCUGCUGCGUGCGUGUACAUAUUUAUUUAUUAUGAAUAAUAACGUCUCGUCCUUGUUCUUUUUGCGGAAAAAAAAAAAAAAAGCGUUGUUUUUUUUUUUUUGUUUUUUUUUCCCCCGUCUCUGGCAGCUCCAGAAAUCCUCGAAAAAGUUGUGCACGCUCACGGUGCGAAUACUACUGAUGAGAAAUCUUCAUCCGUGACCUUUCCGAAUGCGUGCGGAAAUUUAUUAUUAUUAUUAUUAUUUUUUUUUUUUACAAAAAUUAUUAUUAAAAAGGUUCUGAAACGAACACACAGUGGCUUUCGUGCCUCGUCCUGUACUACUUCAACCCCUUCGUUCUUUAUCGAUGUCGUCGUUCUGUUAUGCGUUCGUCUUUCGAUUUCAUUUGUUUUAAAAUAAAUAAAUAAAUAAAUCGUCAAUGUUGGGGAAAUGUCUUCGUGGAUGGUUUGUUGUUUUUCUUGUUUGUCCCUUCGAUUAAAAAAACAAACAAACAAACAAAAAAAACGACCCACUGUAAAACACGAGAGCUGCAAGAAGUUAUAGAACUGUUGUAUAAAGAUAAAAUCACAUUACGGAAUAAAGCGAAGAAUAUUAUGUA